GCUGUUCUUUUCAGCUCAGAAAACAAAAUGGCGGACGGAGAGCCCAGUAGACCAUUCUCGGCUCCCGUUCCGAUAGAUCGCAAACUAAGCGGCGAUCCCUUACCGCGAUCUCAUGACUCUUUUAUAAUACCGCAAGAGGACAUCAGCCAAGAAGCGCUUGACAAUGAGCUCGAGGAAACGCUGAUAAAGAGGGCAAAAGAUGGAGAUAGACUUGCAAAGUUCCAGCUGGGACAAUUUUACUUCGAAAGAGGAAUUUUCGAGAAGGCAAUUGUUGCGUUCGAAAGAAUUAAAAGCACUGAUUUCCAGGCUAAAUACCAGCUGGGGGUUAUGUAUUAUGACGGCUUGGGCACUCAAGCUAAGCCGGAUAAGGGAGUAGAACUCCUCAAAGAAAUUGCCAUGUCAGCACACCCAGAUGCCAGUCACUUAGUACCCCAUGCACAGUACAACAUCGGUAGGGCUUACUAUGAAGGGUAUGGGGUGAAACAAUCAGACAAAGAGGCAGAGAGAUGGUUUCUAAUGGCUGCACGAGAUGGAGAUCCCUCUGGAAGUCUACGCUCACAAACAGUUUUAGGAAUGUUUUACUCAAGGCCAGGAAAUGAGAACCUUAGCAAGGCUUAUUUCUGGCAUCAAGAAGCCACUGGAAAUGGCAGCGUUGAGUCUCAAGGUGCUUUAGGAGUCAUGUUUGAGUAUGGAAUCGGAGUUCCUAUGAACAUCCAGUCUGCAUUUGAGUGCCUCAAAGGGGCUGCAAUCCGUGGAAAUGUUUAUGCACAAGGAAACCUUGCAGUUCAUUAUUAUAAAAGGAAGCUCUUCAACAAAGCUGCAGAUGUAGCUAAGAGUGUAGCAGAUCUGGAUGAUGUCAUGGCAAUAGCAAGAGAAACUGAAUGCCUUCCAAAAUAUGUUGCCAAAGGGAUUUCACUGGGUAGCUUUGUCUAUGCUCGCUGUCUUCAUCAUGGGUUUGGAGUUGACAAGGAUGAGAAAAACGCUUUAAGGUUUUACUCAAGGGCAGCACAAUUUGACAUGGACACCGCUGCAAGACUUCAUGAUUACAUGACGUAUGGAUAUAUAUGAAGACUGUGUAUCAUAAUUUGUACAUGACCUAUGGAUAUAAAGUAUACAGCUUGAAGACUGUAUAUAAGUGUUCACAUACAAAUUGUCUUCAAGCUUGCAGUAAGAGUCAACUCUAGCCCUCUAGUAA